GAAUUCUACAAAGACAUUCUUGAACAGGAGGACUACAUAGCAAACCGUCGUUCCAUGCUGAGACGCAGAGCUGGCCUGAAAGCACGAGAUCCAACAGUACCUGUGUUUACCUUCGUCACACGCUUUGUCAAAUCGGAUGCCAUCCAGGAAGUUGAGGUUGAUCCCAACAAGGAUUUCCUCUUGGAAUACAUGGCUUCUUUCUGUGACAAAAUUCCCACCGACGCAGAGACACAGGAUGCUUUGGUCUGGGCAAGCCAGAUUUACGGCCUCAACCCUCAGUUUAGCUCGGAAGCUGAGCACCGUGCUUGGGCAACAACUGAAGGUGGACUGCACCGAGCUUUUGCUGGCUACUGCAUGGUCAGAUUUCAAAAAACAUCUCGGGCACGGGGAGGGCACAAGGGGAUGACACAGAUCAAGUCCGUGAUCAAGGCCAAACUUCAGUCUUUGGGAAUGCUGUCAGAGAAAGGGAAGAAGAUCCCGACGCGGGGCCGAAAUGCCCCAAAGCAGGUACCAGCAGGACAAAGUCAGGUUUCUGACAAAGAUGACAAGGACACAGAAAGUGAAGAACCUGAAGCAAGCGAAGAACCAGAAAGUGAGUCAAUUGAAGAAGAUGAUGGGAUGGUGAAAGAAGCAGUCGUCAACCCGGAUGAGAUGGACACACUUCCCAUGAGUAUCCCUUCGGUGUUUGAAGACCCCUUCCAAGACCACAUCGAAGACCGGCAAAGGUUUCCGUCGGAAGAGUCCCAGCCCAUGCAGAUGGAUGAAACACAGCAAGAGAUGGAAGACGCAACUCAGCACUAUGAGCCACCCAGUGAAGAUGAGCAGGAGAAAGACACCCCGAAGCCAAAGAAGACGAAGAAGAAGCAGGAUGAGAGGAAAGGUGAAAGUGAGGCUGCAGAAUCUGAGGAGGAGAAGCCUGAGGAGAAGAAGGUUCCACCAAAGAAGGAGGAGGCUGCCAAACAGGAGAAGAAGAAUGACCUCCUGAAGCCAAAGGAGAAGAAGAAGACAAAGGAGAAGAAAGAGGAAAGUGAGGCUGCAGAAUCUGAGGAGGAAAAGCCUGAGGAGAAGAUGUCCAAGCCGAAAGAGAAGGACACUACCAGACGCGAGAAGAAGGAAGACCACCCGAAGCCAGAGGAGAAGAAGAAGAAGCAGGAUGAGAAGAAAGGUGAAAGUGAGGCUGCAGAAUCUGAGGAGGAACAGCCUGAAGAGAAGAAAACUCAGCCAAAGAAGGAGGACACUGCCAAACAUGAGAAGAAGAACAACCCCCCGAAGCCAAAGGAGAAGAAGAAGAAGAAAGAGGAAAGUGAGGCUGCAGAAUCUGAGGAGGAAAAGCUUGAGGAGAAGAUGUCCAAGCCGAAAGAGAAGGACACUACCAGACGCGAGAAGAAGGAGAAGGAAGACCCCCCUGAACCGAAGGAAAAGAAGAAGAAGAAGCAGCGUGAGAAGAAAGAGGAAAGUGAGGCUGCAGAAUCUGAGGAGGAGAAGCAUGAGAAGAAGAAGAGUCAGGCGACAGAGAAGGACACUGCCAAACGUGAGAAGAAGGAGAAGGAAGACCCCCCGGAACCGAAGGAAAAGAAGAAGAAGAAGCAUGGUGAGAAGAAAGAGGAAAGUGAGGCUGCAGAAUCUGAGGAGGAGAAGCAUGAGGAGGAGAAGAGUCAGCCGACAAAGAAGGACACUGCCAAACGUGAGAAGAGGGAGAAGGAAGACCCCCCUGAACCGAACGAAAAGAAGAAGGAGAAGCAGGAUGAGAAAAAAGAGGAAAGUGAGGCUGCAGAAUCUGAGGAGGAGAAGCAUGAGGAGGAGAAGAUGUCCAAGCCGAAAGAGAAGGACACUACCAGACGUGAGAAGAAGGAGAAGGAAGACCCCCUGGAACCGAAGGAAAAGAAGAAGAAGAAGCAAGGUGAGAAGAAAGAGAAAAGUGAGGCUGCAGAAACUGAGGAGGAGAAGCAUGAGAAGAAGAAGAGUCAGGCGACAGAGAAGGACACUGCCAAACGUGAGAAGAAGGAGAAGGAAGACCCCCCUGAACCGAAGGAAAAGAAGAAGAAGAAGAAGCAGGGUGAGAAGAAAGAGGAAAGUGAGGCUGCAGAAUCUGAGGAGGAGAAGCAUGAGAAGAAGAAGAGUCAGGCGACAGAGAAGGACACUGCCAAACGUGAGAAGAAGGAGAAGGAAGACCCCCCGGAACCGAAGGAAAAGAAAAAGAAGAAGCAUGGUGAGAAGAAAGAGGAAAGUGAGGCUGCAGAAUCUGAGGAGGAGAAGCAUGAGAAGAAGAAGAGUCAGGCGACAGAGAAGGACACUGCCAAACGUGAGAAGAAGGAGAAGGAAGACCCCCCGGAACCGAAGGAAAAGAAGAAGAAGAAGCAUGGUGAGAAGAAAGAGGAAAGUGAGGCUGCAGAGUCUGAGGAGGAUAAGCAUGAGAAGAAGAAGAAGAGUCAGCCGACAAAGAAAGAGAAGAAGAGUCAGCCGACAAAGAAGGACACUGCCAAACGUGAGAAGAGGGAGAAGGAAGACCCCCCUGAACCGAAGGAAAAGAAGAAAAAGCAGUAUGAGAAGAAGGAGGAAAGUGCUGAGCCGAAGGAUGACACCGCCAAACACAAGAAGAAGGAAGACCCCCAGCAACAAAUGAAGAAAGCACAAAGUGUUGUGUUUGAGCUAGACAGUAGUGACGAUGAUGCUGGUGAAAAGUGCGCAGCUUUCAUGGAUGACCAGGGGAAGCCACUCAUAGAAGUUGAGCUGAUGCCUAGCAAAGAGCAGGAAGACAAAUCCAACAAGCUCAAAGAAGAGAUCAGGAAAACACACAAGGCUCUUUCCUUCACUACAAAUGAUGACAUUGUCAAUGCCCAGAGGAAGAUGAAGAGACUCAAGGCAACGGAGGAGUUGGGGUCAGAAGAGGAUGACGAUGACAAGCUCCUUAUGGAUGCAGCAGAGGAGUCUGAUGAUAAUCGCAAAGGACGAGGACGUUGCAGAGGCAAAGGAAGGGGCAAAGGGAAAGGAAAGAAGCGCAAAGAUGAAGAAGGCAAAGCUGAGCAAGAUGAAGGGGACGACCCUACAGUCCGAGGCAGCACUGAGAGCCAAGAAGGAUGCAGAAAGAAGGAACAAAAGAUCCAACCAGAAGAAUCCGAAGGUGCUUCAGAGCCCAGCAAGAAGAGAAAGUCUAAGGAGACAAAGGCAAAAAGUGCUGAGGAGGCUGCAGAAAAGGACGAAGAAAAGGAAGAGGCAGAAGAAGACACCCCGAAACCCAAAAAGAAAAAAUCAGCUGCAAAGUCAAGUCCCAUGCAGGUGGCCUUCAAGGCUGCACAGCGGGCUGUGGAUAAAAAAAGUUCGGUCAAACGUAAACUGGAUUUUGAUGAGAGUGGAGAGAACGCUGAUUCCACGACAGAGAAGCCCCCGAAAAGGACGCAUGAAAUCUCAGAGCGAGGACUUCGGGAUGCUGCUUUGGUGGCACGAUCUGAUCGUGAGCUUUUCCUGCCGCCCCUGGAAGUUCAGAGAGCAAUGGAUGAUGUCGAAAAGGGCAGGGUUCCCUUCCACAUACCCACUCAGAAGACCUUUACCUUGAAGUUGCCUGAGAACUACACUGCUGCUGCUCCAGGAAAGCCAAGUACAAUUGGUGUCUUGCUGAACACUCGAACCUUCUUUGCUGGCCCUGUUCCAGUGGCACGCAUUGAGAAAGUGAAUAGACUCAUGAAUAUGUGCUUGAAUGUGAAUGUGAAGAAAGGUGUCAGCAUUUCCUGGACGAAAUAUGGUGUCGUGAAAGCGUGGCUUAUUGCCAAACGCCUGGCUGGAUGGGAGAUCUUUGAUGAGCAAACGAUGGCACCAGAUUCUUCAGAAUCUGAUUGA